UCGUUUUGUUCAAUAGAACUAAUUUUGGCGCGGUUAAAUUAAUUUUAUACGACGUUUGGUUUUAACUUAUUCCAAAAGUAUUUAAUAUAGAUUAGGUUAAGCAAUAGCUAUUUUGAAAACGUGACACAAUUAGAUUUUUUGUUGGUCAUUUCUUAAUACAAUAUCAGGAUUGAAAACUGAGCAUAAUGCCUGGUAGUCGCAGCUCUUCUCAAAAAAAGAAAAGGCGAAGGUCAAGUUUUGUAAGUGGUCGUCGACUGAGUAGAGGGCUGACAGCUCUUCCAAUUUCUUCCUUGUAUGAAACUAUUCCCGAUGAACUUCCUCCAGAAGAAAGGCUGAAUUGUCUUUUUGAAAUGUGCUUCAAAUAUACAUUAAAAAAGAUGAAGGAAGACCCAGAAUUUUCUAGUUACGACACUGAUGAUUGCUUUGACAAAGUGGGUAAUAGUCUUGAAAAGAUCCAGCAAGAAAUACAAAGCAAAAAUCUGACUAAGUUGGCUACUACUGUUGUUGAUGAAACUCUCCCACAAGAAGUAAAAGAUGAUGAUGAAAUUUCCUGUUAUAGUAUGUAUGUUGACAAAUUGAAUGUUGAAAGUUCAGAAUGGGAUCACUUGCUAGAGAAAGAAAGAAAAUAUUUUGAAAGUGAAGAGCCACAGAAAUCUCUUGCCUCUUCAUCUACGUUAGGUAAAACUGAGCUGAACGAGUCCACCGUAAUGUAUUCUGGUGUGCUUGACAGACUCAGGACUAUGCAACAAAACUUGCAAAUCCAUGUAGAUAGUCUUAGCCAUAAUGUUUUGUUACUGAAAUCUUGUGGAGAUUUAUCAAAUUCGGUCACUUCACAACAUAUGAAUGAAGCAGUCAGCUAUUUUCAGGACAGUAAGACACCACGUACUCUUGUUAGAGACUUGAUGAAAUUUAAGAGCAGUUCCACAACUUAGAGAAUAUGUUAGUAGUUUUAUAUAUGUAUAUGUACAUAUAAAGUUAUUUCUUAAUGUUUUAUUUACCAGCAUCACAUGAAUAUACCAAUAAAGCAACUUGGGUGUUAUCACUUGAAGGUUGUAAAAAAGCUUUUGCAUGUAUAACUCUUGUAAAAAAAAUAUUGUUUUUUCACACUUACAUCUAGCCUGAUUUGUUUCCACAGAAUUGAUGUUAAGUUCAUUGUUGAUAUUUUAUUUAAAAAAAUUGCUAGCAUUGAAAAUUAAGCAUAUUAAGUGCAUUACUUAAUAUUAUUUACCAUGAUUGUUAUCAAUUAAUGAAAACUAAGAUGUAUGAAAAAUGUAACAAGAGAAAAGAUAUGCCUAUUAAUCAUGUUAUCUGGUUUCCUGUCAAUCUUAGUUUACUAUAUAUUUGUUAAAAACAGUAAAUACUCCAAAAAUAAUUUCAUAUUAGUACUAAUUUUAAAAUGUGGACUUUCUUAGUUUAUAAACUACUUGACUAAAACAACUUUAACCAAAUGCUUUGCCAAUAAUUUCUAAGGUUAGAAAAAGUGUUGUUGUAUAUCAAAUUUAAAUAUAUAGGUUAGUUUGCUAUAAAAUUAGCUCAUACUGAACAAUAACAUUUCUAUAACUGGCUUAGAAAUUCAGUUUUGAGCAAUCUUGGAUCCACUAGGUCGAUGAUAAGGAUAUAAUACAAUAGCCUCGCAUGAACUGAUCAUAUAAAACUGUUAUCAGUAUCAAAAUGAAUGCAUUCUUAAAAUUGUACUAACCUGAAAACUAGACUUAAUGUGUGAAUGUUUUCAGAUAACCGACUUCCAUAAAUGUAGAAACUCACAAUAAAUAGUGGUUACCAAUUAUUGCAUUAUGUGUAAUUUAUUCCUCUAGGUUACAAAAAGUGUAACAGUAUUAAGAUGAAGUAUCAUUUAAA